GGCGGAGGCGGAGGCCGAGGUCGUCUCCGUCGAGCUCCCCGCUCCCCCCGGGUGGAAGAAGAAGUGACUAACAAUGCAUCUGCUAUGCAAUGAUUGGCAAGUGGACCAACAGAAGCAUUGGACUAGAACACUGGUAGCAUGUGAGGAUGGAGAACUGGUAAGGCCACUGGGUGCAGGGGGUUGGUGGCAGGGUACCGACCUGGUGGAGCCCAGCUUGGCUGCUUGGUGACCAUGAGUUCACUCCUAAAAUGGGUGGAACACCAAGAAGGACUGAAAUAGUUUUCAUUUCGCCUACUGGCGAGGAGAUUAAGAAUAAGAAGCAAUUGGAUCAGUACCUGAAGUCCUAUCCUGGAGGCCCCUCUUCAUCUGAAUUUGAUUGGGGAACGGGUGAUACUCCAAGGCGCUCGGCAAGGAUCAGCGAGAAAGCAAAGGCAACUGAAACCCCGGAAGGCGAGAAACCGAAGAAAAGAGAGAGGAAAUCAAGCUCAAAAAAAGGAUCGAAGGAGAAGAAAGAAGACGAAACUGCAGGAGCUGAGAAAGAUGCUGGUGCUACAGACGAAGAAGCUAAAGAUGCUGCUGCUGAUGUGGAGAUGAAAGAAACUGCUGGUGCAGAGAUGAAAGGAACUGAAACUUCUAAAGAGGGUCUUACGGAAACAGCCGUGAAUGAAACUGCUGUAGAGCAAGAUUCGGCAGAUAAGACGAAGGAGAAUGACGAAAAGAAAACUGAGGAAAAUGCAAAGAAGGCCGAAAACUCCGAAGAACCUAGUAAGGAUGGCUCUCUUGUAGAAGAAAAGAAAGUGGAAGAGGAACCGGCUGACUCAGAAGCACUCCCCCCACAGCCGGAAUCCAAGGGGGAUACUUCGGCCAAGGAAGGAAAAGGUGAAGGGGAGGUUUCGACGGAGAACGGCGGCCAAAUGGACAAUAAAAAACAUGAUGUGGACCACAAGGAAGCACCUUUAGCAAACUCCGACGAUGGGCAGCAUCCACCCGACUCCUGAAAUGUCGGAUUCUUCUAAAUAGUUUUCUAUGUUUCCAGAGCUCCCUCUGGUGGUUAUCAGGCAGUCGUAGGUUAUUGUUUGAGUCCAGUGUUGUUUGUCUCUAUGUAUGAAUCUUCUGUAGGUUAGUGCUGCUUCGGUCGGUUGUUACGAUCGAUAGCAUGUAACUAGGGUAUUUGAUCUUAUAGCGACGACCCUAACAUGUAGAAUUAUAAUUGUUGUUGUAUUUUGUAGCUCUUGUAAUAUCGACAAAAUUGAAGGCUUACCUGCGUGUUCCAGGCUCAGACUUGGAUUGUAACCGAAGUUUGUUUCUGUUAUAUAGCACUCUUCUGUCA